AUGCCCGUCUUCCUGCGCGUUUCCGCCACCGACUGGCUCGAGAAGAGCAUGCCCGAGGAGAAGGGCUGGAAGCUGGAGGAUACCGUCGAGUUCUCCCGCGCCCUCGCCGCCCAGGGCGCCAUUGAUCUGAUCGACAUUAGCACUGGUGGUGUCCACUCUGCUCAGAAGGUCGCUGCAGGCGUUGGAUUCCAGGUCCCCUUCGCCAAAGCCGUCAAGGAAGCCGUCGGCGACAAGAUGCUCGUGGCCGCCGUGGGAAUGAUCAACAACGGAAAUCUGGCCGAGCAGGUCCUCAACGAUAAUAAUAUCGAUUAUAUCCUGGUUGGCCGUGCCUUCCAGCGUGACACUGGUCUGGCCUGGGCUUUCGCUAAGGACUUGGACGUGGAGAUUGCCAUGGCGGGCCAGAUUCGUUGGGGCUUUACUAGCUUCCGUAACGCGUCUGAGUAUAUUCAGCCUAACUCGAUGAAGGCGUCCAUUUUUGAUUAG